GUAGAACAAUAUUCAGUCAAAUGUAAAAAUGACAGCUGGUUGUUUUCUGUCAGUGUUGGUACUGGAAAUUAUUUGUUAUUUUAUGUGGCAGUUAUUUAACAAAAUAUAUCUCUUUCCUUAUCCAUCGUCCAGGUUUUUGUUUUUGCUUUGUGUUUCAGGGGAUUCUUGCCUUGGACCUCCAGGGGGUCUACAAACGCCCCUGCCAGCUCCAAAACCUGAAUUCACUGCAUUUGGGGGAAAGGUUUUAAUGAAUUCAAUUACGAAGAAAACACGUUUUAAAAACAACAAUUUAAUGUGUGGUGCAAUACAAAUAACACAUCUUAUUUUUGUUUUAAAGCAUAAUGGUAAUUUGAAAACAAAUUUGUGGCAUUUAUAAUGUUUCAAAAUUCACCCUUUUGACUUUCCGUAGCUCAAGCGGAAGUAGCGAGUCGAACGUCAACAAAGCGUUCCGCGGGAAGACUUUUUCAGUUGCCUGUCGAAGAAGCAGCGGAGUUGCCAAAGUUGUCCCACGAAAAUGAGUUUGUGGGUGGACAAAUACCGACCCACGUCGCUCGGCAAACUCGACUACCACAAAGAACAAGCGUCCCAGCUCAAGAGCCUGGUUCAAUAUGGCGACUUCCCCCAUUUGCUGGUCUACGGUCCGUCAGGCGCGGGCAAGAAGACCCGCAUCAUGUGUCUGCUGAGGGAGCUCUACGGUGCCGGUGUGGAGAAGCUUCGCAUCGAGCACCAGACCAUUGUGGCUCCCUCCAAGAAGAAGAUUGAGAUCAACACUAUAGCCAGCAACUACCACCUGGAGGUCAACCCCAGUGAUGCAGGCAACCAGGACCGUGUGGUGAUUCAGGAGCUGAUCAAGACCAUGGCUCAGUCUCAGCAGAUCCAGUCCAGCACGCAGAGAGAGUUCAAAGUGGUGCUGCUCACCGAGGUUGACCGGCUGACCAAGGACGCCCAGCACGCUUUGCGGCGCACCAUGGAGAAAUACAUGGCCACCUGCCGCCUGGUUCUUUGCACCAACUCCACCUCCAAGGUCAUCGGGCCCAUACGCAGCCGCUGCCUGGCCGUCCGCGUUCCCCUUCCCAGCACAGAGGAGGUGUGUCACGUCCUCACGUCUGUGUGUAAGAAAGAGGGUCUCCUGCUGCCGCCCGAGCUGGCCAAGCGGAUCAGCGACAAGUCGGGGCGCAACCUCCGCAAAGCCCUGCUGAUGUGCGAGGCCUGCAGGGUCCAGCAGUACCCCUUCUCGCCGGACCAGGACGUCACAGAAACCGACUGGGAGUUGUUCCUCCGAGAAACGGCUAACGCCAUCGUCACUCAGCAGACCCCGCAGAGACUGUUGGAGGUGAGAGGUCGUCUGUACGAGCUGCUGACUCACUGCAUCCCUGCUGACGUCAUCAUGAAGGGUUUGGUGAGGGAGCUUCUGAACAACUGCGACGGGCACCUGAAGCCCGAGGUGGCGCACAUGGCGGCGUACUACGAGCACCGGCUGCAGCUGGGCAACAAAGCCAUCUACCACCUGGAGGCCUUCAUCGCCAAGUUCAUGGCCGUCUACAAGAAGUUCAUGGAAGACGGCCUGGACGCCAUGAUGUUCUGAUGGCGGAUUCUCGCGCCCACGCUCACAUUAAAAGUACUUUUUGAUAUUAA